CCAAUCAUCUUGCGUCGUAUUCGCAGGGAGCUGGCAGGCCUGUGACAUUCACCAAUGUCUGUGUCAACUGUAUGAAUAUCUAAAGAUGAAUCUCGUACGGGCGUCCUUUUCCCGACUGGGUGGAAUACGCAAUUCCACUAGCAUUCCUGCAGGAAACGUUGCCGUAACUGGCAACUCUCACCUUAGAAUGUUCAGCAACUGGUUUGUUCCCAGAGCAGCUGCAGGACCUCAGAUUUCCAGACGUGGGCCACUUUGUUCACAAGCAGAGGGUGGAGGAGUGUUCCAACAGCUUCCGUGGCAAUACCAGCAGGUGCGGACCAGGAAGAGGGGCACAGAAUAUCAGCCCAAGAACAUCAAGCGUAAGAGGACCCACGGCUGGAUCAAGAGGAUGAGCUCACAAACCGGCAUCGAGGUGGUUCUGCGGCGCAUGUUAAAGGGACGGAAAUCACUCUCGCACUGAUGGACCUUGUUGGAAAACCUGAAACCUUCAGAAAACAGACAUUGGUUCAGCCAUUGCUCGGGGUGCUCAGCAAACGUUGUGUAUUGGGUUCACUGGUUAUACUAUACUGAGAGAAAGCUAGUUAGUUUCACCCAGUGAAUUUGUAAAGCUUGUUGAUGUCAUUAUUAAAUCAAAUCUAUGGAUAUUUUUAA